CUUGCUCUGCUGGACCCCACAGCAGUCCAGGAAGAGAGGCAGCGUGGGAAGGAGAAAGGUGAUAAUGAGGUGGAAUCAACAAGCAGUUUGAAUGAAGACAUGCCUGUGGAUAGGAUUCUGGAUGCAGAACUUGCAGUAGAACCUAAGACUGAGACAUACACAGAGAACAGUCCAGGCAACUCAACAAAUGACCCAGUCACUAAUAUCUGCCAUGCAGCUGACAAGCAACUGUUUACUCUGGUGGAGUGGGCCAAGAGAAUACCUAAUUUCUCCGAUCUGCCUCUGGAUGAUCAGGUCAUUUUGCUUCGAGCAGGUAUAAGACACUCAUAUGUCUAUACACAUGUGUAAACAUAUAUAGAUAUAGACCAGGGGUGGCCGACGUCUGUCCUGGAGAGCCACAGUCCUGCAGACUUCAGCUCCAACCCUAAUCAAACACACCUG